GACACAAGCUAAGCGAAAAUGGAGGCGACGGUGCUGAGCGUCGGCAAGUCCGUGCUGAGUGGAGCGCUUAGCUACGCCCAAUCCGCCCUGGCCGAGGAGGUGGCCCUGCAGCUGGGAGUACGCCGUGAUCAGGCCUUCAUCACGGGUGAGCUCGAGAUGAUGCAGGGCUUCCUGAUGUGUGCACACGAGGAGGGGCGAGAUGGCAGAAGCAUGGUGGUCAAGAUCUGGGUGAAGCAAGUCCGUGACGUGGCAUACGACGUCGAGGACUGCCUCAUGGACUUUGCCAUCAGGUUAGAUCACCAGCAGUCGUGGUGGCGUAUCCCUCGAAGGCUGCUUGACCGGCGUUUCGUGGCCAAGGAAAUGAAGGAGCUCAGAUCCAAGGUGGAGGACAUCAGCCAGAGGAAUGUCCGGUACCACCUCAUAAAGGAAUCAUCUGGGCAGCCAUUGUCUACCACUGCCACCAUCAGCAGUGAGGUGAUACUUCACGUUGCCGAAGCAAAGAUACGAGCUGCACUUCACCUGGAAGAGGAAAAGGUGGAUCUUGCUGAGCUGAUCGCCAGAGAUGACCUUGGGUCAGCAACCGCGGUGUGGGGAGCAAGCACCGAUGUUGGGGUCACAUCUAUCAUCAGAGCUGCCUAUGACAGUAAACAAGUGAAAGAUAAGUUUCAGUGCCGAGCCUGGGUAAGGCUGAUGCAUCCCUUCAAUCCAAAUGACCUCUUUGUCAGCUUGGUGAGGCAGUUCUACCAAGAUUCAUGUGAAGAAUCUGGUAAAGCAAGCAUGCAAGGAGGAGGAACAGCCACUGGGCUGACAGUUCUGAAGAAGAUGGCAGCACCAGAUCAUAGUUUGGUCGAUGAGUUUAAUCGGUAUGUGACUGAGAAGAGGUACUUGGUUGUUAUUGCUGAUGUGUCUACCAUAGAAGAGUGGGACUGGAUCAAAACAUACUUCCCGAGAUUGAAUGGGGGCCGGAUUGUUGUGUCCACGCAGCAAUUUGAAGUUGCAAGGCUAUGCACUGAGCAGCCUUGCACAAUAUCAGAGAUAAAACAAAUAUGGUCAUUCGAUAAGGACUUAUAUGUCUUCUACCACAAGGCAGAGGCGGCUCGAAUCAAAGAGGACGGCAAGGCCGAGUCCAGCUCAAAUGGUGAGAUCACUAACGCUGAAGAAGCCGCUCGUGAGAAACAGCAGCAUGCAGAUCAGAAGCCCACUGGUGCCAGUGUAGUGGCAGCCGCUUUGGAGGAAGAUCGGCUUAUCGACCGGGUGGCAGCAAAAGCUAAAGUUAUUGAUUUCAUCGAUCAAGAUGGCGAGGUGAUCAGCAUUUGUGGAAUGGGUGGUCUUGGGAAAACCACUCUUGUCACAAGUCUCUACCAACAAGAACUCAGUGGAAGGAAGCUCUUGCCAUCAUCGAAGGACAAUACCACUAACCGGAUCAUUGUCACAACGCGGGAACUGAAUGUUGCAAUGUGUUGUUCGGAGAAAGAACGCAAAAUAUACAAUCUCGAGCUUCUAACUAAACAGGAUGCUCUCCGCCUAUUUGAAAAGAAGGUAUUCAAGGAUAUCGAAGAGAGGGAAAGUUAUGCUCAUAUUCCGGGCCUGGCUGAGCAAGCAAAUCUUAUAUUGAAGAAGUGUGACGGCCUCCCUCUUGCUAUAUCUACCAUAGGUAGCUUCCUGGCAACCAAACCUAAAACUGCUAUAGAGUGGAGGAAUUUGAACAAACACAUCAACGCAGAGCUAGAGAUGAAUAAAGAGCUUGAGAUGAUACAGACAGUCCUUGCUUCAAGUUACGAAGGUUUACCUUAUUAUCUCAAGGUUUGCUUCUUGUAUUUAUCCAUUUUUCCUGAAGAUCACCGCAUCAGAUGGUCUCGUUUGGUGAGGCGCUGGAUUGCAGAGGGGUAUUCGAGGCGAAUACGAGACAAGACUGCAGUUGAAACCGGGAAUAGCUACAUCACCGAGCUUAUCAAUAGGAGUAUGGUCCGACCAUUACAAGGAGAUGGGAUUGCAAGUGGGAGGAAAGGUUUCUUGGACGUCCAUGAUCUCAUCCGUGACAUUGCAAUCUCAAAGGCAACAGAGGAAAGUCUUGUUUUUACACUGGAUGAAGGAUGUGAUUUAAACACCCAAGGCAAAAUCCGUCACCUUGCUGUAAGCAGCAGGUGGAAAAGAGAUAAAGAUGCAUUUGAGAGUGCACUGGACUUGUCUCACUUAAGAUCAUUAACAGUAUUUGGAAGAUUGGAGGCAUUUUUCAUUUCUGAUAAGAUGAGAUUACUCCGAAUACUGGACUUGGAAGACACAAAGGGUCUGACAGAUCAACACCUCCAUCAGAUUGGGAAGCUUGUUCACCUAAUCUACCUUUCUCUACGAGGAUGUGACGGAAAAUUGCGCCUGCCAGAUUCACUGGGUAAUCUGAGGCAUCUUCAGACACUGGAUGUAAGAGAUGUACGCAUAAUAAAUCUGCCAAGAACAAUUAUCAAGCUUGACCAGUUACGUUACCUCCUUGUGGGCUUUGUAACACGGAAUGAUGACAAGGAAACAGGAAAAUGGGUUUGCAUGGAACACAUAGAGCGGGCGCGCGACUUCUUGGAUGAAAGCCUGCCUGAGCCCAUCACUGACAGCCUCGAGUUCAUCUGGCUGGGACCCGUUCGUAUACAUCGCAGCAUCGUUUACCGCAGAAGUCACAGCAGUCCCUGCAUCAGAGUCUGCUUGUUCUGCUACAACUGUCUGUUUAGUUUACUAUUAAUCUCAGUUAGCUUAUUACUUUUUUCACCAUUUUGGUUACCAGUUUGCCUCUGCUACUUGAUGUUUCUCCCUGGGCGUUUCUUAUGGGUGCUUGCAAGAGAUGGUUGUGCCGGGGUGCCUGCUUACUUUAUGGGGAUAGAUCCAUCCGGUGUCAAAUUCCCAAGAGGAACCAGGAACCUCAAGUCUCUGCACACAGUGGGUGUUGUCAAUAUCGAUGGGGAAAAUGCCAUUCUUAAAGAGCUUCAAGAUCUUACCGAGUUGCGUAAGUUAAGAGUGACUGGUCUGAAUAAGAAAAAUCGCAAAAGCUUCUGUUCGGCCAUUGCAAAUCUCAAAUCCCUGGAAUCCUUGUUUGUGCGGUCAGAGGGGGAGCCUGGUCUAUCUGACUUCUUGGAUGGCCUGUCUGAGCCUCCAAAUAACCUUCAAAGCCUCAAGUUGUACGGCAACUUGGUCAAUCUGCCGGCAUGGGUCGAAAAGCUCACAAAUCUCGUGAAGAUGGAGCUACGGAGCAGCUGCUUAUCUGGGGAGGAGGUUGGUACCACGCUGCAAGUCCUUGGCAAGCUACCAAACCUAGCAAUAUUACGUCUGCUCAGGUGGUCAUUCAAGGGUCAAGAGCUGUGUUUCAGCUUCAAAGAGAAUGCAUUUCCAAGCCUCAAGGUGUUGUCGCUGGAUGUCCCAUGGGGCAUGCAAUUGGUCAAGUUUGAAGACGCGGCAGCGACCAGUAAGAUUGAGCUGCUGCAUGUGGAUUUUAAUUCGUAUUACCCUAGGGAAGAAGCUUCGAUGUUUUCUGGGCUACCAUCCUUGCCAAGCCUCAAGGAAGUCGUACUCAGCCAUGCCACUAAACGUUUUAUGGAUGUAUUGCGAGCCCAGUUUGCUGCGAAGACAAACCAACCCAUUCUGAAGGUCAAGAGUCAAUGGGAUUGAUUCAAGCUGAUGUCUUUCCCCUGCGCGUACUGUUCUCCCUCUUAUUAUUAGGAAUUUUCUCUCAUCCCCCAGUCUGUAACACCUCAACAGUUUAGCUUGUUUAUGUAUGUGUCAAAAAUAACUAGCCUGCUCUGUUCAGCACUUUCGGAUAUAAUGUGGCAUAGCCCUGGUGUUGGUUGCUGCUCACAGAUUUAUCUGGGUGAAUUGGAUGGGCACUAUUUAUGUUUUCUUUUGUAAGCAUACUGAUGACAUUGCAUGCUUCCUGCUUUAUGGGAAUAGCUAAUAAAUAUCCAAGU